AGAGAGUUUUCGUAAAUCCUUAGACGAGAAAUUAGGGUUUUAGGGGAAUUCCAUCGCAGAUAUGGGGAAGAAGAAAGGUAGCAAAGCAGCUUCUUCAGAUGAUUUCCUACAAACCCUCGAAGACUUCACAAGCAAAGAGAAUUGGGAUAAAUUCUUCACUCUCAGAGGCAACGACGACUCUUUCGAGUGGUAUGCUGAGUGGCCUCAGCUCCGUGACUCGCUGUUACCUCUACUCCGAGAUUCGUCCUCUUCCUCUUCUUCUUCUUCUGGGUCGCUUCAGAUUUUGGUUCCCGGAUGCGGAAACUCCCGCCUUUCCGAGCAUUUGUACGAUUCUGGAUUCCGGGACAUCACCAAUGUCGACUUCUCCAAGGUUGUUAUCUCCGAUAUGCUUCGCCGCAACAUAAGGACUCGGCCUGAGCUUCGUUGGCGAGUUAUGGACAUAACGAAGAUGCAGUUGGCCGAUGAAUCUUUUGAUACGGUUCUAGAUAAAGGUGCUCUUGAUGCAUUAAUGGAGCCAGAAGUUGGUACGAAGCUAGGAAAUCAAUACUUAUCAGAGGCCAAGCGGCUUUUGAAACCUGGGGGGAAGUUUAUUUGUCUAACGCUUGCAGAAUCUCAUGUCUUAGCAUUGCUUUUUUCAAGAUUUCGUUUUGGUUGGAAGAUGACUGUUCAUUCAAUCUCUCAAAAGCGAUCGAAUCUUAAGACAUUUAUGGUGGUUGCUGAAAAAGAAAAGUCCAUUGUAUUGCAUGAGAUAACCUCUUCUUUCGAUCUUUUAUCUCUUGGCCGCAAUGAUAGUCAGGCUUCUGGUAUGUGUGAAGCCCUUGAGAGUGAAAACAAGAUACGUAGAGACUGCAAUAAUGGCUCAGACUUACUGUACUCUCAUGAGGAUUUGAAACUUGGUAUUAAAGGAGAUUUAACAGAGCUUGUUGGAGGUCGCCGUAUAAAAUUUACUUUGGGUUGCCAAGGAAGCAAUUUUAGCUAUAGGGCCGUGCUUCUUGAUGCUCAGAAGCAGACCGAACCGUUCGUGUAUCAUUGUGGUGUUUUUCUUGUUCCCAAGACUCGUGCUCAUGAGUGGCUGUUCUGUUCAGAGGAAGGACAGUGGCAGGUUGUCGAGAGUUCUAAGGCCGCUCGUCUCAUAAUGGUUUAUCUCGACAGUAGCCAUAGUGGCGCCAGCAUGGAGGAUAUCCAGAAUGAUUUAUCUCCCAUGGUGACACAAUUAGCUCCUAGAAAUGAUGAUGAAGGAGCUCGCAUUCCGUAUAUGAUGGCAAGUGAUGGGAUCAAAAAUCGUACUACUGUCCACGAGGUUACGUCCUCCUUGACUGGGCAAGUGGUCGUUGAAGAUGUGGUUUACGAAAGCACUCCUAGUAAUCCCGGAGGCUUAUCUCCUUCUGAUGAAAUGGCAUUUCGACGCCUUGUAUUCAAAAGAACCGAGUAUUUGAUACAGUCUGAAGCUUUGCUUGUGGAGGAUGGUGAGAGUAUUGAUCAAUCUCAAAAAGAGGGAACCAAAAAUGUUACCCAAUCAAAACGAAAGGGAAAUAGAAGACGAAACCAAGAACCGAGCGGACCUAUUAUGAGGGUCUCUCAUGAUUAUUUGGCUAGCUCUUACCACGCUGGAAUUAUUUCCGGAUUCACAUUGGUAUCUUCCUACCUGAAGAAGGCUGAAUCGAGUGGAAAGAUGGUUAAGACUGUUAUAAUUGGUCUUGGAGCAGGAUUACUUCCCAUGUUCCUCCAUGGAUGCUUUCCAUUUUUCGAUAUCCAGGCGGUUGAGCUUGACCCGGUAACGCUUAGCGUUGGCAAGAAUUACUUUAGUUUCACACAAAAUGAUCGCUUGAAGGUGCAUAUUGCUGAUGGGAUCAAAUACAUUGGAGAUAUAGCAAACUCUGAAUCUUCUUCCAUUCCUGACAUUCUGAUUAUAGAUGUGGAUUCAGCAGAUUCAAGCGGCGGGUUAACCUGUCCUGCAUCAGAGUUUAUCGAAGAGACGUUUCUUCGAUUGGUUAAGCGUGCUCUACCUCAGCACGGUCUUUUUGUCGUGAACUUGGUCUCGAGGUCACAAUCUGUCAAAGAUAUGGUAGUAUCUAGAAUGAAAAAGGUUUUUGAUCACUUGUUCAGCCUGCAACUAGAAGAGGAAGAUGACGUAAACGUGGUGCUCUUUGGGCUUUGCUCUGAAUCUGUAAUCGGUGAGAGCGAAAUCCCAGAAUCUGCAGUUAUACUGGAGGGAUUGCUCAAGUGCCAGAGAUUGGAAACGAAGCAAAGCAUCAUUGACGCUACAAACAAGUUGAAAUGCUGGAAAUGAAUCAACAAACUUAUAGCUAUUAUUUUUGAAAAAAGUUAUUCUUCAUGUUUUAAAAACUUAUAUGUUUCCGUUACAAGUUGUGAUUGGAAAUUUUGAGUUGAAUAAAUUUUAUAAU